UACCUGUCUGUAAUUGGGGAUUUCCGAAAUGACCCGUCGAUAAUAUUCGGGAUUUAUAACAUUUCAAUCUAAGAAUUGGAUCUAAUGUCAAAUGGAUUUAGCUGAAAAUGCCAAGUCUUCUUUGGCUCCUCAAAUUCCAAGAAAAUGGGAACUAGGAAGAUUUAUUGAAAAGGGGAGCUUUGCAAGUGUCUACAUGGUCAAGGACCCUGGACAUCCAGAAGAUGAAAAGUUUAUUGUCAAGGAAAUUCCCAUUACUAAAGCUAAAAAGGACAGACAGUCUAAUUUCUCUGAAAUAGAAAUUUUAAGAAGUUUGAAUCACAUUCGCAUUGUACCAUUUUAUGGAUCAGAUGAAAGAGACAAUGUAUUGUAUAUAUUUAUGGGUUACAUGAAAAAGGGUAGUUUAGCUAAUUUAAUUUCAAGCAAGCAGAGUCUUUCUGAGUGGGAAACAAAAAUCUUCACAAGGCAAGUUCUAGAAGGUGUUUCAUAUUUACAUCAUCAGAAACCACCAAUCAUUCACAGGGACAUCAAAGGUAAAAAUAUUCUGUUGGAAGAUGAAAGGAAUAUAAAACUAACAGACUUUGGUCUAUCCAAAAUGAUCAAUGAAAAUACAAAUGCUCGAAGUAGUGUGGGUACUUAUAAGUGGAUGGCACCAGAAGUUGUGAAUAUAACUAGUGUAACUAAUGGAAGCUAUGAUUUAAAAGCAGACAUAUGGAGUAUAGGCUGCACAGUUGUUGAAAUGAUUACUGGAAAUCCACCAUUUCCUAAACUCACAAACUUCCAAGCUCUAAUUAAAAUAGGCAAUGGGAAACAGCCAGAGUAUGACCUGCCCAGCAAUUCAUCUGAAGAACUCAAAGAUUUUUUGAAGAAAAUUUUUAAGGUUGACCCCAAACAACGCCCUACAUCUGAUGACCUUUUAAAGCAUGACUUUGUUGUUGAACAAUGUCUUUCAUCUGUUAUCCCAAAACAAUGGAUCAAAAUUAAGCAAGUUGGAAUAGGUACAUUUGGCAAAGUAUUCUUAGCCCAAGAUCCUAUGAAUCCACAGAAAGAAUUUGCUGUGAAAGAAAUUAGCAUGCGGCCAGUUGAAAGAGAAAUGAUUAUGCAAUUAUUUCGCAAUGAAGAAAAAAUUCUAAAAAAUGUCAACCACCAGAGAAUUGUUAAGUUUUAUGGGUUUUCUGAGUCCAACAAUGUUCUGUCAAUCUGUAUGAGUUAUAUGCCAAUGGGAUCACUGGAAGACUAUUUGGGUUCACGAGGUCAACAAAAGGGUUUUAUCCCUGAAGAUCAAGCUGCAUUAUACACAAGACAGUUACUAGAAGGUGUUCAAUAUUUACAUGAAAACAAUAUCAUACAUAAAGAUAUUACUGGCAAACACAUUUUAAUGGAAAGUGAAAUCAGUGUUAAACUUGGAGGCAUCAGUGUUUCUAAAACUUUCCGACAUGAUUCCCAAGCCAGAACUUUACUAAAAGAUGACAGUGACAUUGGAUGUGUAGGUACAGUCAACUGGAUGGCACCAGAAUUGAUUAAAGAAGUCAUGAAUGAAAGUGGAGACAAUAAGUACAACAAUAAAGUGGAUAUAUGGAGUGUUGGAUGCACACUAGUUCAGAUGGUGACUGGCUCAGCUCCUUUUCAGAACCUAGAGCCCCAUCAGGUUGUGUUCAAGUUAAUAACUGGACAUCGCCCAGAGUAUUCUCUUCCGGAUACAGCCUCAAAAAGUUUGAUAGACUUUUUAAAAGUGACCUUAGAACAUAAUCCAGACUCUCGACUAUCUGCUACACAGCUUUUGAACACAAGCACCUUCUUGAAAGAAAAGUAACGUGGAUCCUAAAUGGAAGCAUUCAAUAAAAAGAGCUCAAAAUAAAACUAUAUUUGUAGUUUCUAAUGCUUAUUUAUAAAUUAUCUUAUCUUAUAAAUUACAGAAGAUAAAUUACAUAUUUCCAUAUGGACAAUAAAGAUUUUAUUAUUAUUACA